CAGCACGGCCAACUGCGCCUCCUGCCACUCUCAGCUCCUGUUAUCCUUUACUGCUUGGUGAUCUCUUUCUGUCAGAGGCCCUCAGGCAGGAGGAGAGGCCUUCGGCUGUGUGUGAGGAGAGAAGAGGAGCAGGAACAGGAUCAAUAACGGGCCGUUUGCAACUGGAAGUUAUUUUAUGGCUCUGUCCGGGAACAUACAUUCAGAAGACACAUUUUUCCAAGACUGAUCUCAUCUAAAGGAGACAUCGAGAUGGCAGCCAAUGCAGAUGCGGCCAAGCCGGUCAUCAUGAACGAAGAGGAGCUGAAGAGGAAGCAGAGGGAGAAGCUGAAGAAGCUCCAGGCCACGGGGGGUAACCCUCGACCCGCUCGCUCUCUGUUCUUCUUCACCCUCAAAAAUCCCUUCAGAAAGGCCUGCAUUAAGAUCGUAGAGUGGAAAACCUUUGAAAUCAUCAUUUUACUCACCAUCUUUGCAAACUGUAUAGCUUUGGCCAUUUUCCUGCCCAUGCCUGAAGAAGACACCAACAACACCAACUUAAGUUUGGAGAGCCUAGAAUACAUCUUCCUGAUCAUCUUUACUGUAGAGUGCUUUUUGAAGAUAGUGGCAUAUGGGUUUGUAUUCCACGAAGGGGCCUAUUUACGGAACUGUUGGAACAUAUUGGACUUUGUUAUCGUCUUCAUGGGUCUGUUCACCUUUGCCUUGGAUACCGUCAAUAAGAUAGCAGGUGUACCAAUGGAGAAAGGUGGAGGGUUUGACAUGAAGGCCCUGAGAGCGUUCAGAGUUCUGCGGCCCUUACGCCUCGUGUCUGGAGUUCCUAGCUUGCAGGUGGUGAUGAACUCCAUCCUCAAAGCAAUGCUACCCCUGCUGCACAUCGCCCUGCUUGUUUUUUUACUAGUCACCAUCUAUGCCAUCAUGGGACUGGAACUCUUCAAGUGCAAAAUGCAUAAGACCUGCUAUUAUACUGGCACAAAUAUCUUUGCCACAGCAGAAGGUGAAUUGCCAGCUCCCUGUGCUCAGGCUGGUAACGGCCGCCGCUGCAUCAUUAACGGCUCUGAAUGCCGGCCGGGCUGGGAAGGUCCAAACAAUGGCAUCACGCACUUUGAUAACAUUGGCUUUGCUAUGCUCACUGUCUACCAGUGUAUCACCAUGGAGGGAUGGACCAAAGUGCUCUAUUGGAUUAAUGAUGCCAUCGGGAAUGAAUGGCCCUGGAUCUACUUUGUACCACUUAUUCUGGUGGGUUCCUUUUUCGUGCUCAAUCUGGUUCUGGGUGUGCUCAGUGGAGAGUUUACUAAAGAGCGAGAGAAGGCCAGGUCACGGGGAGAGUUCCAAAAGCUGCGAGAGCGUCAACAGCUGGAUGAGGACCUCCAUGGCUACAUGGAGUGGAUCACUCAUGCUGAAGUGCUGGAUGCUGACCGAGAGGGCAAAGGACUCCUGCCUUUGACCAGUGGAGAUUCUGACACAGACAGCCUGUAUGAUUUGGAAGGCAAAAGUCGAAUCAUUUAUUACUACCGCUUGGCCAGGCGUUGGAAUCGUUUCUUCCGGAUGAAGUGCCUGAUUUAUGUGAAAACUAAUACCUUCUACUGGGUUGUCAUGUUCCUCGUCUUCCUAAACACUCUGACCAUAGCCACAGAGCAUCACCACCAGCCUGAGCGGCUCACUUCCCUACAAGAUGUUGCCAGUCGUGUGCUGCUGGUGCUGUUUGUCAUAGAAAUGUUUGUGAAGAUGUAUGCUCUGGGUCCCCGAGCAUAUUUUAUGUCUCUGUUUAACCGUUUUGACUUCUUUGUGGUGCUCUGUGGCAUCCUGGAGAUGAUCAUGUUGUCUGCGGGAGCCGUAACUCCCCUGGGUUUCUCUGUACUCAGGUGUAUUCGGCUGCUAAGGAUCCUCAAAGUCACAAAAUACUGGACCUCUCUCAGUAAUCUCGUAGCCUCUCUCCUCAACUCUGUGCGCUCCAUUGCCUCCUUGCUCCUCCUUCUCUUCCUCUUCAUUGUUAUCUUCUCCCUCCUGGGUAUGCAAGUGUUUGGGGGGAAAUUCAACUUUCCUGACCACAGACCCAGACGCAGUAACUUUGAUAACUUCCCUCAGGCCCUCAUCAGUGUGUUUCAAGUCCUAACAGGUGAAGAAUGGACUGCCAUCAUGAACAAUGGAAUCAUGGCUUAUGGAGGGCCUGUCAUUCCUGGCAUCCUGGUCAGCAUUUAUUUCAUCGUUCUCUUCGUCUGUGGAAACUAUAUCCUCCUCAAUGUCUUCUUGGCAAUCGCUGUUGACAACCUGGCCGAGGCAGAGAGUCUUACUUCAGCUCAGAAAGAAAAGGCUGAGGAGAAGUUGAGACGGAAGCUUCUGAGAUCCAAAAUGCCUGACAAGACCGAUGAGGAGAGGGAAAGGAUCGCUAAGAAACUGGCAGAACAGAGAGCAAAAAUAGAGGGCAUGCCCACAACAGCUAAGCUCAAAAUUGAUGAAUUUGAGUCAAACGUCAAUGAAGUGAAAGACCCGUUUCCACCUGCCGAUUUUCCAGGUGACGAUGAGGAAGUGGAGCCUGAAAUCCCAAUCAGUCCUCGGCCUCGACCGAUGGCCGAUCUUCAGUUGAAGGAAGAGGCAGUUCCUCUGCCUGAGGCCAGCUCCUUUUUCAUCUUUGGCCCUCAGAAUAAGUUCCGUAAGCUGUGUUACAAGAUUGUGAACGCCUCAUCCUUCACCAACUUAAUCCUCCUGUUCAUCCUGCUCUCAUCCAUCUCUCUGGCUGCUGAGGACCCCAUUGACCCCAAGUCCUACAGAAACCAGAUCUUGGCCUACUCUGACAUUGUCUUUACAACGGUGUUCACCAUUGAGAUUGUACUAAAGAUGACCGUGUAUGGCGCAUUCAUGCACAAAGGCUCCUUCUGCCGUAACUCCUUUAACAUCCUCGAUCUGCUUGUCGUCGGUGUGUCCCUGCUUUCUAUGGGAAUGGAAUCCAGCGCCAUCUCUGUGGUGAAGAUUCUCAGGGUGCUGAGGGUGCUGAGGCCUCUCAGAGCCAUCAACAGAGCCAAGGGGUUAAAGCAUGUGGUCCAGUGUGUGUUUGUGGCCAUCAAAACCAUUGGAAACAUUGUGUUAGUCACCAUGCUGCUCACCUUCCUCUUUGCCUGCAUCGGAGUCCAGCUCUUUAAGGGUAAAUUUUACAGCUGUACUGAUCCCUCCAAAAUGACUGCGGAGGAAUGCCAGGGAUUCUUCUUGAAGCACGUGGAGAAUUCCCUACAGGACACCGUGGUGGCUAAGAGAGAAUGGCUCAACAGUGACUUCAACUUUGACAAUGUGCUCCACGGCAUGCUGGCACUCUUUACUGUUUCUACUUUUGAGGGCUGGCCAAAUCUGUUAUACAGAGCCAUCGAUUCAGACAAAGAGGACAUGGGUCCCGUUUUCAACAACCGAGUGGACGUGUCCAUCUUUUUCAUCAUCUACAUCAUCCUCAUCGCUUUCUUCAUGAUGAACAUCUUUGUAGGUUUUGUCAUUGUCACGUUCCAGGAGCAGGGAGAGGAGGAGUACAAGAACUGUGAGCUGGACAAGAACCAGCGUCAGUGUGUGCAGUACGCCCUGAAAGCUCGCCCUCUGAGGUGCUACAUCCCCAAAAACCCUUACCAGUACAGGGUCUGGUAUAUCGUCACCUCCUGCUACUUUGAGUACCUCAUGUUCUUCCUUAUUAUGCUCAACACCCUGUGUCUGGGGAUGCAGCACUGCAACCAGUCAGACCAUGUGACCAAGCUGUCAGACACUUUGAACUUAAUCUUCACUGUGCUCUUCACAGUAGAGAUGAUUCUCAAACUCAUGGCCUUCAAAGCAAAAGGUUACUUUGGAGACCCCUGGAACGUCUUUGAUUUCAUCAUCGUCGUCGGCAGUGUUGUUGACGUCAUCCUGAGUGAGGUUGAUACUGCCCUGGCAUCCAGUGGAGGACUAUACUGUCUCCAUGGCUGUGCUGAGACAAAUCCAAUGCAAGUGAUUGCGGACUCUGAAAAUGCUUCUGUCUCCAUCACGUUCUUCCGACUGUUCCGUAUCAUGCGUCUGGUCAAGCUGUUGAACCGAUCAGAGGGUAUCCGUAACCUACUGUGGACCUUCAUUAAGUCUUUCCAGGCUCUGCCUCAUGUAGCUCUUCUCAUCGUGAUGCUCUUCUUUAUCUACGCUGUCAUUGGAAUGCAGAUAUUUGGAAAGAUAGCUUUGGUGGAUGGCACCCAAAUCAACCGCAACAAUAACUUCCAGACAUUCCCUCAGGCUGUUCUCAUGCUGUUCCGGUGUGCUACUGGAGAGGCUUGGGAGGAGGUCAUGAUGGCUUCUAUGUACGGGAAGAAGUGUGACCCCAAGUCUGAUUUUCUGCCAGGAGAGGAGUACACCUGUGGGUCCAACUUUGCUGUCUUCUACUUCCUCAGUUUCUACUGUCUCUGUGCCUUCCUGAUCCUCAAUCUGUUUGUAGCUGUCAUCAUGGACAACUUUGACUACCUGACUCGUGAUUGGUCUCUGCUGGGUCCACAUCAUCUGGAUGAGUUUAAGAAGAUCUGGGCUGAAUAUGACCCUGAAGCCACGGGGAGAAUCAAACAUCUGGAUGUGGUGACGCUGCUGCGACGCAUCCAGCCUCCGUUGGGUUUUGGGAAGUUCUGUCCUCAUCGUGCUGCGUGCAAGCGUUUGGUCGGCAUGAACAUGCCACUGAACGGUGAUGGCACUGUCACCUUCAACGCCACACUGUUUGCCCUGGUCAGGACCGCACUCAAGAUCAAAACAGAAGGUAACUUUGAGCAGGCCAAUGAAGAGCUGAGAGCCAUCAUAAAGCAAAUAUGGAAACGCACCAGCAUGAAACUGCUCGACCAGGUCAUCCCCCCGAUAGGAGAUGAUGAGGUGACUGUGGGGAAAUUCUAUGCCACCUUCCUGCUGCAGGAUCAUUUCCGUAAGUUCUUGAAAUGCCAGGAGGAAUACUAUGGUUACCGGCCCACGAAGAAGAGCGCUUCAGGUCCAGAGAUCCAGGCAGGUCUAAGGAGCAUAGAGGAAGAGGCGGCUCCAGAGAUGCACAGGGCCAUUUCAGGAGAUCUUCAAAAUGAGGAGGAGAUGGACAGAGCUAUGGACGAGGCUGGAGAAGAAGGCAUUUACCGACGUACACACGGCCUUUUUGGGAACCAGGUAGAACCAUUCUCGCCUGAGCCUGCCAAUGUUCACUCCACUCAGAUAACGAGCCAGCGGCCACUGAAGUUCUCAGAGAAUCAGCCCGAGUCACCGCCAGAUUCAGCUGGCUUCAUGCCUGCUGCUGACUUUUUCACUACACCUCCUCCAAAGAGUAACACCAACAACAACGCCUACGCAGAAUUUACUUUUGAAAGAGAAGGCAGUCCCAGCGAGUUUUACUGUCCUAGUGAAGAGGGCGAGCCAGGUAGUAAUAGGAGGUCUUGGAACUUUACAGUGAAAACUGACACAACUCAGUUUCCUUAUGCCCCCGACUACAAGGAUAGCCAGAGUCGCCGCUCCCACACUGCAGCUGACCAGCUGAUCCAGGAAGCUUUAGUAAAAGGGGGUCUGGUAUCCCUGGCCAGAGACCCAGGCUUUGUGUCUGUGACUAAGAAGGAGAUGGCUGACGCCAUGCAAAUCCCUAUAACUGAGAUGGAGAGCACCGCUCAGGGCGUUCUCAACAACCGCUCCAGCAGCAUGGCCUCAGCAAAAAAGAGACAACCCAUCCCUGUCCCUGCUCCAUCCUCUGAUCCUGUCACACAGGCUGAGCCAGCUGUGAGGAGAAAGAGACGUCCCAUCCCCAUGAUUCCCUCUGCUCCCGUGCAUUAUGCAGAGGCUCCUGCUGAGGGCGACACCAGUGUUUAGAGGAUCUGAUGCUAUCAUGCUACUUGUUGGUGGCUCCACCUCUUCAAAUCUGUAUCCAUCAGCCUGACUUACAAACCCAACAGGCUCUACUUAGAUAUAUUGUGAAAUGUGGUUUGUAUCUAUGGAAGCCUAACCACAAAAAAAUAUAUAUCUGUUAACUGAGGAAAAGCAUGUCUUCACAUUUAUAAGACAAAUAAAACCAGAAUGAUGCACUUCUUUCUUUGAACAUCCCGAGGUGAUCCAUUCCACAGACAUAUUAACAAGGAGUGAGCUGAACAUUAGUAAAGCCUUGCUCGUGAAGGUUGGACAGUGACUUUUGACUAAAAUGUCUGAAAAGAACUUUGAACAGGAGACAGGCAGAUUUUAAUGGUUGUAGUUCACUGACGAUGGGAAAAUGAGGCCAGAUUGCUGCAGCCUUGUCUGAGUUUCUCUGCGCUCAGGCCAAGUGAAUGUGUUGUUCACAUGGU